CGUAUCAGGAUCCAUGUUUUCUGCUCAUCAUAUCUACUGUACUGCGUAAUUCUAUCGCGUAUGUGUUCGCACACUGAACAACGUUUGCAGCCUGAUUUGAGAACAGAUUGGGGAAACAAUGAGACGUUUUGGACCAUGAGCGCUAUUCAGUUAAUAAGCUUAGUUUGCGCGCGCGCCCCGUCACCGAUUUCGAGGACGUCACAGGAAAACGCGCUCGUGCAUUCCUGACGGUUCAAACCGCCGCUUCUCUAGACAACUACAGUCGUUACCUCACAUUUCCUCAUCCUGCCAGCGGGUGCAGGGUGAUACACUUUUUAGGUUUUGGGUGUUGUGUUUGCCUUUUCAAUAUGGCUGGGGAAAUUACAGAGACGGGGGAGCCUUACUCACCCUUUGUUGGCCUGGUCUACAUGUUUAAUCUGAUUGUUGGCACUGGAGCACUAACAAUGCCCAAAGCUUUUGCGACAGCUGGUUGGGUGGUCAGCGUGUCACUUGUCACCUUUUUGGCUUUUAUGAGUUUUAUGACCACCACAUUUGUAAUAGAAGCCAUGGCUGCUGCCAAUGCCCAGCUGCGCUGGAAGAGGAGAGAACAGGAAGAGAUCCACGACAGCGACUCCAGCUCGGACUAUUCAGACGAUGAUGUCAUUAUCCGAGGACGCUCAGAACCCAUUGAGACGCGGCCCAUUCUCUCUGUCGAACGUGCCACCAGCGUAGACCACUUUGACAUUGUCGAGAGAGUUGAGAUGGGACAAAUGGCCUCUAUGUUUUUUAAUAAAGUUGGUGUCAACAUGUUCUACAUCUGCCUGAUCGUCUACUUGUAUGGAGAUUUAGCCAUUUAUGCAGCAGCUGUACCUGUGUCUCUGAUGGAAGUGUCGUGCGGGAAUCACUCAUGCAGCGCCGGAAGUGUGAAAUACAAUGACACGGAGUCGUGCUGGGGACCCGUACGAAGAAAAGACGCCUACAGAGUGUUUCUGGCUCUCUUCACACUGCUUCUGGGGCCCUUCACCUUUUUUGAUGCACAAAAGACCAAGUACCUCCAGAUCCUCACGUCUGUCAUGAGGUGGAUUGCAUUUACCAUGAUGAUUAUCCUGGCUUUGAUUCGGAUUGGCAAGGGCCACGGCGAAGGCCACCCACCCGUGGCACAGAUCUCAGGUGUGCCCAACCUCUUUGGGGUUUGCGUCUACUCAUUCAUGUGCCAGCACUCCCUGCCCUCGCUCGUGACGCCCAUCUCCAACAAACAGCGAAUGAGCACCUUGGUGGUCAUCGACUACAUCCUAAUUCUGUGCUUCUACGCCCUGCUGUCCUUCACAGCUAUAUUCUGUUUCGACAGCUCGUUGUUGCGUGACAUGUACACGUUAAACUUCACAGAUAACUGUGACGUUCUGGGCGUUCCUUUUUUGCGCUAUUUCCUGGGCUUGUUCCCGGUCUUCACCAUCAGCACCAACUUUCCUAUAAUAGCCGUCACGUUGCGAAAUAACUGGAAAACCCUGUUCCACCGGGAUGGUGGUACAUAUCCGUGGGUGGUGGACCGUAUUGUGUUCCCUCUUAUUACUCUGAUACCACCCAUUAUCGUGGCUUUCUGUACACACGACCUGGAGUCGCUGGUGGGCAUCACUGGGGCGUACGCCGGCACGGGCAUUCAGUACAUCAUCCCAGCCUUUCUGGUGUACUUAAGCCGGCGCCAUCUAGAACCCGUGUUCGGACUGGAUGUUGUUAAUAAGCACAGGUCUCCCUUCCGGCACACAUUUUGGGUAUGGUUUGUAGUAUUAUGGGCAACGUUCUGUUUGAUGUUUGUUACGGCUAAUAUUGUCCUCACUGAAACCAACAACUAAAUAUGAGCACGCUUGUCUUGCCGUGUUUUUGUUUUAAGCGUUUGCUUAUGUUGAAACGAUGAAAUUAGCUGUAAUUGAAUUGAAUUCAUUUCAUUUAAUUGUUCAAAAGGGACCAAAUAUCGUUUUGGCAUUAGUUCAGAAGAAUUGCUGUUGUUAUUGGAGUAUUUACAUACUUUAUUGUUAUAUUUAGGCAAACAUGUAUGUACACCAAAAAUGUUAUGCUUUACAGUCAUAAUAUUUAUUAAGCAAUGACAGACAAUACUGUAAAUGUUCUUUAGUCUUCCAAAACUCAGAUGAUCUCAGAUGGUCAGCACGUCACAAAUUGGCGUUUUUUUAGCAUCUGGAUGUCUCCUGCAGGGACUGAUGCUGAUGCGAGUACAGCGUUUGUGUGAAUGAUGUGCUCCGACCUGGAGUUCAGGCUCAGUUCAUCCGCAGAUUCAUUGACACCUUCCACAUGUUCUUGGUGUACUGAUGUCAGGUUCUCAAAAGGACCCUUUGGGCAUCAGGAGAGGAAGAUGAACCUAAUAUUUGACAGAUACAUCUGCCUCAUGAUCUACAUGUUCCGUACAUGUUCUCAAUGUUGAAUUCAAGGCAGGCUUGAAUUCAAAUCCAAAUGUUGGGCAGCUGAUCUUCACCCUGCCUUGCAUUUUGCAUUGUAUGAUGUUUGUUUCAUUUUGGUACCUUCGCUUUGGUUUUCAUAGUUUUACCUUACCGAGGCCUUCAGGACAUCAUAAGUGUGUCACAAAUGUCAUGAGUUUGUUGUCAGUUUACGCUAUUUCCCUUUGUGUUUUGUCAGUGUUUGAUUUGUUCGAUCUUCGGUGACGUCUUUGAUGUUAUAAACUGAUCGCUGCUCUCUGUGAGAGCACCGCCUCUUGAUUUACAUGAGCUCCGGCUUUUUGCCGCUCCAUUUAAGGUCUCACUGCUGUUGAUUUUGAGGGAAAUACGUCCGCAUUCACUUGCUUUUUUUGUGGACAAAACAGAAGGCUGGUGUUUAGCAAAGUUUUUGCUUAUUUGAACUAAGAAAUUGUUAUAGAGGACAUGCAUUGAAGUUCAUGUCUGCCUCGAGCACAAAAACAAGUCAUUUCACAUGAGAUCCAAAUUAUAUUCCUUGUAAUGUGCUCAUGUGUUUUUAACUAAACAAAUGUGCCUUUCUGGCAGGUACACGUUCCUGCCUUCAUCUGAAUCUCUCUCUCUCAUUUAACAUCUAAAGUCUUUGACAUGCAUGUAAGUCACUUCAGAUACUCGACAAUCACUGUCUAAUAAACAUGAAAUCCUUUUUGAUCUUUCAAGUUGACUCGUAUUUUUC